GUCGAGCAUUUGAUCACGGUGACUCGCCGCGGAUGCGUCGGCCCCUGUGUUAGCGAAGUUGUCGAAAAGUGUCUGUUGGUAGUUGAAAUUACUGUUAGUAAGUGCCGCGCCCGGUACUAGUGAAAGAGCAAGUGCCUUCGGCCAUUGUGAUGUCGUCCACGGUGAAAUUUACCUCCGACGAGAGCUUAGGUGAGUCGUGGGUGGAACUGAAUCAUGUACCUGACAGGAUAACGCCGUUGCCGUUCAGCAGCGGCGGGGAGGAAUACCUGCGACUCCUCAGGGAGGCACAAAGGGAUUCCACACAGUCAUCCGCGAGGCAUUCUUUGGCCUCGUCCCGCCGGGACACACCGAGAGAUAGCCCGAAGAGCCCGCCGAACAGCCCCAACACGGAACUCUCGACCGAAGACGAGCUCAAAGGAGUCUACAUCAAUUACAGCUGCAGCAAGGAACCAGAGCUUUUGGAUAAGAACACCGACUGGAUCUACGAGUGGAGUUCGCGUCCGGACCAAGCGCCCCCGAAAGAUUGGAAAUUUAAGCACCCUCUUGGAACGAACAAGAGGAAAUCCUAUAGCAUCCGCACUACAAAAGUCGGCAAAAUUGGCCUGUUUUCCAAGGAGGUCCUGUAUACACUUUUCAUAACAAACAUCUUGUCCGUAUUGGUCGGCGCUGGCUUGGGAGUUUGGUUGACCAGGCGAGGAUCGAUAACGUCCAGCUUGACCAUUGAGUGAAGGAGCUCCCCAGUCAGGACCGCGGACGUGUUAGGAUUGCUGCGCUUGUGUUUGUAACGGAACGGAGCGAUGAGUUGGUCCAUAAACGUGUUGCAAAAGAUAGAAGACUGAAGAGCGAAGAGGGUCUAUCGAGCCUAAAACAUGAAGCAUUACAUUAAAAAAAAAGCAGAUAAAAAAAACAGUAAAACCGACAACAAUCAAGAGAAACAGAGAGAGAGAGAGAGAGAGAGAGAGACCCAAUUUCGAUUAGCCUCCUCCUCCCCCCGGUUUUUAAUAUUAGCACUAUCCAUCUUAACCCUUUCCUGCCCGACAGACAAAACUUAAAGCUACGGCGUGCGCCUAUGGCACACAUUCUUUAUUAUUCUGUAAGCCGUGUACGCAAUUUGCAUAUGCUUAGAACGAGAAGAGGGAAGAAACUUGAAAACCAUACAGGACAUAUACAGAGACACGUACACGAACAUACACAAGAUUAAUACGAUUUAUUAUUAUAGUCUAGCGCGUUGUUGAUACAACAAGGAACAUGUCCAUUUUAUACCGUUUCUAAAUGCGUUUCUAUCUGCGAUAGUCUAUAGGUAUAGCUUGGAUAGUAUUUAUCUAUAAUUAAUUAUUAAUUGUUACACGAAAAGGGAAACGUUGUGAACAGAUAUAGAAUGUUUAUGAGCGUGGUCUAUAGAGGGGAUGAGUGGUAUCAUUAUGGCGGAGUAUAAUGAUAGGAGCAGAUUAAACGGAGAAGAUAUUGCUUAGGAAAGAAAGAUUGCGAGGGACAUUCGACUGCAUUGAAAUCGACAUUCAAUGCGGGCACGAGUAGGCAAAUUUUGUUCGAGUGUGAUACACGUUGUAGAGAGACAAUGGAGCUUAUGAUAUCCUCUUUCGAAGGAAUAAUAAUUCAAAUCUGUUCGUAAUAUACAAGUACAAUAAGGCGAGAGUUUGUUGAGAAAUGAUUUACAAUGUAUGUCCGCGUUAACAAUUACUUUGUUAUCUCGUUCAUUAAUGUUUUUGAUUCUUUUCCUUUUCUGUGUUUGCGAUUUUACGAUUGUCGAGGACGUAUAAGAAACAUUACGAUUCUGUUUUAUUUUGUCGAUUUGUUAGAAAUUCAGAAUUGGUAUAUUCAAAUAUAUACGUUUACGUUGAUUGGCGUGUUUCUAACCGUAUAUAUUCAUUAAGUACUACCCUCGGCAGAAAAUAUGCAAUGAUAUUUUAAACAAAUAUAUUAAUAAAGUGACAUUGUUCUGUAAAGAUAAAAAAAGAAAAAACGUUCUCACGCUGUUGCUUACAAAAUAGCGAACAUAAUUUAACGUUAUGUUUGUAAACGAUUGAUCUCAUUGCAUUUUGUACGUAAAAUAUCCGAAUGAUAUUUCUUGGCAUAAUCGAUCGAGUACUUUCUGCCAGAGGUGUAGACGAUAAUCGACAAUGCACUUGGAAUAUGCAACAGCUAUUUUAUACAAACAUGGUUUUGUAUCGUCUGGGACACAUGGACGCAUGAAAGCUUUGACGAAAGAGAACACAGGCUCGCAAUUUCGGUGUGAAAGCUCGAGUCGAUUCAUCGAUCCUUCUUUAAUUUGAGAGACCUGUCAGUUACUUGCGUCGCUUACAAUUCUCCCGCGAUAUACUUACGAGUCGCGCUUAUCUUUCGAUAGCACAAUGUGUGGCUGGUAUUGAACUAUGGUAAAAUAAAGAACUACAAAAGAUAAACAUAAAGAAGCAACUCGACAGCGAUCGCAAUCGCUUUACUAAGAUUACCGAGGUUUUUCACUGACGACGAAUAUAAUAUCUGUACCGUGUAUUCAGUGUAAGAUGCUGUAUAUUAUGAAACAGUGCGUAUUCGAUGUAAUUAGGAAUUAGCCACGCAAGUUUUUAUAUUUUCAAUAAUAAUUCUAUAUAUUA